AUGCUAAAAUAGAAGUUGGUUUUAUUAUAAUAAUAGAGAAAAGAACUAGAGAAUCAUAUUGAACAAUUAAAUUAAUAACUAUAAGUUUAUUAUGAUAAAGGAUAUAAUAAAUCAUUAAUAGAUGAAGAAGGAUUUCCUAGAUAAGAUCUAGAUUUUGGUGAAUUAUCUACAUAUAAAAAUUUAAGAAGAGAAUUCAAUGAAAAAAAUAAUGAUUACAAAGAUUUAAUGAAGCUUCUUGAAUAAAGUAUGUAUUAUUAUAAUGCUUUAGCUAUGAUAUAAUAUCAUUAGGAAUUGUAAAAUGAUCCCAAUCUCAAUAAUGAAAUAGAAGCAUACACCUAAAAAUGGAAAGAAUAACAGCAAUAACAAUCAAAAUAAUAAUAAUAAUAACAAUUGUAGUAAUAACAAUAAUAAUAAUAAUAAUAAUCAAGUAGUUAAUAAAAUUGGAAGAAUGAAUAUUCCAAAUAAAAUGAAAAUGAUUUAAUUAAACCUUUUGCUUAUUUAGAAGAUGUGAUUAAAGAUUCACCUGCAGAUAAGGCUGGUUUUAAAAUUAAUGAUUUUUUGAUUAGAUUUGGCAUAAUAGAUCAUAGCAAUCAUAAUAAAUUAUAAAAUCUUUAUGAAUACAUAAAAAAUCAAUAAAAUAAAUAAAUAAAUGUAAAAAUAGUUCGUUUACUUACACCUCAAGUAAGUGUAAUAAACAUUGACUUUUCAAAAGAAUCAUAUAUCAUAAUGGAUUUAACUAUAACACCAUAAGUAUGGAAUGGAAAAGGUUUAUUAGGAUGGAAAAUGAACAUGAUUUGA